UUAUAUAUUAUCAUAAGGCAAAGGCUAACAGGAGGAAAAUCUUUUGUAUUGAACCACUCUUGGUCGGAAUCGAACUCCUUAUUGGCGUGAUUUUUAAUAUCAAGUCAUCGUACUAAGGCCAACUUUGCCACGGAAUGCAACAAAUCGCCGUCGUGGGUGCAAAAUUGGUAGCCACCGCUGUUUUUACACUCAUACAAAAGGGAUGGGGGCACAAAAAGGGAACAAAGGCACUUACAUUUAAGUGAGAAUGUGAAAGUAGAAGGCUACUAGAGGCGCAUCAUCCGCUGUGGUUAAACUGGAGAGAUGCGCUCCCCCCCCCCCAUUUUUUUCUUUUUUCCCUUUCUUUAAUGGAUAGAGAGAGACUUGUAGCAAGUCCAUGGUUAAACUGACUUUUCCCCAUAUUGGCACUUGUGCAGCCCAUGGUGCUUUCACUAAGCUGCGAGAAGUAAACUAUGGGAGUAAACAGUACAAUUCUCAUUCAUCGGCUCAUUGUUAGCAAAUACUUGUUCUGUUGCUGUUGUCGGUAAUCACAUUGAGCUAUGUCAACAAGGCCCCUCAGCGGCCACAAAGAAACAAGAUUCCUGACAUUGUCUUGGCCUGAAUUGUAAUCCCGACUUGAGCUCAGACUACAAUACUAGAAUGAAAAGUGAUUAAAGGACAUGGAUGGAUAAUGUGAAAACUGUUUUAUUGAAAAAUCUCUGAAAUUGCUUGUAUUUGUAUGGAAACGACUUCGAGGUGUUACCUAAGAAGAGAUUCUUGUUGCGUGACUUUCCAAUGUUUAGAUGGUAGAAAAUUCAAGCGGGCUAUCUGGCUAAGCUCAACGUCAACAAAAACCUACCGGCAUUUCAAGCGAGCGAUGGUAUGAACUCGCCCCACCAGAAGGUCAAUAGGCCUAGCAACGUAAUUAGAAGCAGAUAAAAGCAAUACAACUCAUCGAUCGAUAAGUUCCAUGGGAACAUGGAAACUUUUGUCAAGGGCUGUUCUAUUCCGGUGAUGCCAAGAUUCAGGUUUUUGUAAGGCUGAUUACAUUUCUUUGUUGUGGGCACAUGCUGUUUUCUGGGAAUAUACGGAUAGCUUUGUUCCAUCACAAGAAUCACAUUUUACAGACAUGAAAUAUUGAAGUCGAAGUUUUGAGAAAGGAAAGAUGUUCGAAUCCUGAAUACGACUUCAUUACGAGCUAUAUAUUUUCCAGCUUUUAUUCGCCAAAAUUUGCCGGUUUCUCCGACCGCUCAAUCCAGAAAAGACCGACAAAUGAAAAUGCUUAGAAGAUGUAUUUGUCCCAGAAUAGUAGCCUAUUCAGGGCAGCUGCAAAGGCUGAUCAUUCACUUGGGAAUGAGAAGGACACCGAGAGUUUUACGAUGCAAGAUAGUUUCAACUUUUACUUCGGUAUUGGCAGCUCAAGUUCUAGCGAAAAUGUAGAAAGAGAGAAGCCCAAGGCGACUACUAGUCAAGUUGUGAAAGGGUCGGUCAGGAGAAGCGCUAGCUUUACGCAGCAGCCAAAGAGGUCUUCGGUAAUGGAUCGUGGUUCAGGAUCUUCAGGUAGUGGAACUGGCGCACUCGAUGAAUGCGAUUUCGUGUCGCAGUGGGAGGAAAAUGUUGAUCUCAGAAUUUAUUCAAUAAAAGAUGCGCUGGAAGAGAUAAACAAAAUCAAUAGCACUUUAUCAAGCGCAAAUAAUGAUUGGGAACUCAGAGUUACCGCUCUUAAAAAACUGCGAGAAGUUAUUAAACAAUAUGGGGACCACGACCAGAUUUCAAAAGUACUCCGUGAUCUUGAGGUCUGCCUUCGAGUGUCUGUAAAGGAUCUGAGGUCUCAAAUCGUCAAAGAAGCAUGCCUAGUAUUAAGUUUUUUUGCUUCAAGACUACAUCGAGGUUUUGAUUAUCUUGCCGAAGCACUAAUUCCGGCUUUGAUCACACUCAUACCCAAUUCAGUGAAGAUCAUGUCCUCAUCUGGAAAUGCAUGCAUACGCUUGAUAAUAAAACACACUCAUUGCCCAAAGUUGAUACCAAUCUUUGUAAGCAACUUGCUAACAAAUAAAUCAAAGGAAGUCAGAAGAAAAUGUGGAGAGUACAUCGACUUAUUAUUAGAGACAUGGGAAACAAGUUCAAUUAAAGGCCAAGUGUCACUCAUCGAAGAAGCAAUCAGGAAAGGCAUCGCCGAUGCUGAUUCAGAAGCAAGAGCUGCCGUUCGACGAGCGUACUGGCAUUUUGCGGAUCAUUACAGGGACAAAGCGGACGCCUUGAUGCAAACAUUCGACAGUUCAAAGCAGAAACUGCUUCAAAGCGACAAAAACCUGUUGCAGGCUGGGCUGACCAGACCAUCGUCUUCAAUGGGACGGUACAAAACCAAGUCGACGAAAAGUUCUCGAACAACUAGUGCGUCUUCCUCAAGUGACACCGAGGAUCGAGCCAUCAUGCCACCGCCCCAACAGCCUAUCUCUCGUGAUGGGUACCGCCCUCCUGCCGGCAUGCAAAGGUCAGCAAGUCAACUGGAAGGGAAGAACCUACGAACCCCAAAAAUGGAACCACGCCAGAAGUCAUGUGACGACUUUCUUCGAUCAACUAAUGGUAGAAAUUCGACUAGAAGACAGCCUAAAAGACCCGUUGCUUCACAACCCUCAAGCCGGUCAGCCUCGCCAGCGCGAAGAAUGCCAUCUUUUUCAAGAGAAAGAUCAGAAGAUUACAUGAGGCGCAUCAGUCCUAUGAAGACUAGAAUUCCUACUCCAAGAAAAAGCUCUACGUCUCAAUCAGCAUCCCGGUCCAAUUCGAGAGCUGGAAGUCGCGAUUCAAGCCCGGUUCGUUCCGGAAGGGGAACUGGCAACGCUGUUUAUGUUGGCGAUAUGAAAGGGAGAUACAACGGAGUCUCAGGUGGAAGGGUGACUGAAGGGGAUCUUUGGGACGCUUAUGAGCGAAGUCCAGGAAGACGAAGGUACGACUCGGCAACGUCACAAGAGCAGCAUUCAAGCGACGAUGACAGUGAGACUUCGAGCUUAACCUCGGACAGGUCAGGAAAUGCAACGGGAAGCAAGCAAGCUCCAGCUACUCAGGAUAUCAACGAAAUCAUUAAAUUACUCAGCAGUCAAAGCUGGAUUGAGAACAAAGAUGGGAUGACGUCACUGCAAGCGUAUUUGCAAGGAUCGAAAAAACUAAAUUUGGAUGAGACUCUUCGACUGCGGGAUGUUUGCAAUAAGUUUUUCUCAGACCCACACAUAAAGGUGUAUCGUGUCUUUCUCGAUGUGCUGAGUGAGUUCAUAAUCCAGUGUCGAGUUCAUCUAAACGACUGGCUCUUCGUCUUGUUGACUCGCUUGUUACACAAAAUAGGAUCAGAUAUCUUACCAUCAUUACAUUCCAAAGUGGCGAGAGUUCUUGACAUUGUCCGAGACUCAUUUCCUUACGAUCAACAGUUCCAGAUUCUCACCAAGUACAUCACAGACAGCACCCAAACUCCAACUCUGAAGAUGAAGGUUGCAAUUCUGCAUUAUUUGCAAGGUUUAAUCAAACUUAUGGAUUCUAGUGACUUCUCAAAUAAUGCGGCAACGCGUUUAGCUGUAUCAAGAAUCAUCACUUGGACGUCAGAGCCAAAAAGUGCUGAAGUUCGAAAAGAGGCAGGAUCCGUCAUCGUGGCAUUGUUUGAACUCAACACGCCUGUGUUUAGCACCAUGCUUGCUGUGCUGCCAAAUUCUUUCCAGGAUGGCGCUACGAAGCUUCUUCACAGCCAUUUAAGGCCAAUGGCAAACCGAAUGGCAUCAACUCCGAGGCCGGCUCCAGAUUAUGACGUCGAAUACGAAGAUUAUUCUUCAAGAUACUCCAGCCCACAGAAAAAGGGGCAAAACAUACUAGGAUACAGAAGCAUAUCGCCAAAUAAACAUCACCCGGCUGGUUAUGAUACCGUAGAUUCAGAUAGUGGUUACUUGCCAGCUGCAUACAGUGCUCCUCUGCAUAGGAGCGCAAGUGGUAGACCUGACGUCCGAGAUGGUGCCGAGGCUGGUGAAUCUGUCAGAUCGAGACUGAAUUUCAGUGAUGGUGAUCAGGAAGGAACGCCCGACGUUUAUCAGACGAAAGGAAACGUCUAUAGUACUCCUAUCUCUGACAAAAAGUAUGGAAAAGGCUACCCGAUUUCCUCAGGAUCUCAGUCUCCAGGGGACGACUCUCCUUUCUUGCUUCACUCAACAACAGCCACUCAGCAAUAUGACCCCAAGCAUUAUCAAGACAAGAUUGUUGCGGGGGAUGGUGGUAAAGCUCUCCUCUCACCUGAGAUGGUACGUGUUGCCGACGGUGCAGAAGAGCCCGAUACUGCUGCCGAACCUGCAGCGCCUGCCAACAUAGACAUCAUCAAUCAAAUAACAGCAGUUUUAUCAGCCUCGCGUAAUGAUAGUGGAUCAGAAGAUGUCAAGAGCGCCUUGAUUGAGCUGAUAAAACUGGCAAGAAAUGGCAACAGGGAAUACGUCCAUGAAAUAAAAGGUCUUCUUCCCAUUGUAACAGAGACGUUAAAACAUUCCGAGGGUGCUAUUCGCUGUCUGGCUGCACGUGCAUUGCGUGAAGUAAUUCGCUCAAUGCCAGAAGCGUACAAAGAUGAUGUGAAACUUGUUGUAACCAAACUGGUCGAGACCCAGGCUGAUUCCGUAAAAGAGGUUUCUAACACUGCUGAAGAAUGCUGUAAUUUGAUUGCACAGAACCAGGCAGGCAAAGACCUUUUUGCAAUACUAUGCCCGAUUAUUGAAUCAGCCGACUUUCCAUCAAUUCUUCCAGCCAUCAAAAUGAUAAACAAUGUUGUCGAUCAUUCUCAACCAUCCUCAAUUGCACCCCAUUUGCCAAAUGUGACUUCCGCUUUACUGAAGGGUUAUGAUCAUUCUGAAAGUACUGUCAGGAAAGCAAGUGUAUUCUGUCUUGUUGCGAUUCAUAAUUUGGUGGGAGAAAAUGUCCUUUUUCAAUAUCUCCAAGAGCUCAACGGAUCAAAGUUGAAGCUGUUGAACCUCUACAUCAAAAGAUCUCAGUCUAGCAAGCAAUCAAGCUAGAAUAGUUAAUUACCACCGAUUUUCAACAAUUGCCAACUCAAGGUUGUUGGAAGUCAUGGGGUUAAAUACGGAGUUCCGCCGUCCUUUUUCUAGAUGUUUUCUAGGCCCAUUUGGUUAAAUUACCCGUUUUGAGAUGAUAAUUUACUUCAAUCACCUAGAAAAUUUUGAACAACCAUCUUUAUGCCCAACAAGUAUUUGUUAACUCUAAAUGCGAAAAUAUGUGUUUUGUAUCCAGCACUCCAUUAUUCUAGCACGUCUAGGCGUUCGUGAUUCCGCCAUUUAGUGCUUGUAGUUGCAUGGCAUUUUGCAUAGUUGUCUGAAGAUUCGUGUAAUUGUAUGUUACAUUUGAUAAGCACGUGUGUCGCACAUUAAACACAUGGCAAACUGAUUCUCUCGUUGAAAUUAAACGGGCUGGCCUAGAUCCAAUAGUCAAUUUUUCUACAAACCGGUAGAAUAAUACUCUUUCUUGUGGAUUCACCCAUCAUAUUGCAAACCAAGCUAGAACUACAGAUUUAUCAUCAAAAAGUCCAUUGUUUUCUCACAAUUCUCAAUUUCAAUGUCAAGUAAACCACAUCAGUUUUGAUCAAUCCCAUUUUUCUCUUAUCCUGGUAAGGGGGGGGGGCUGAGAGAGGGGGCAGCCUUGUGUAAAAAUGAUAAUGACGAAGACCUUUCUUGAGCUGGUUGCUUUCAAAAAUCCUUCUUCUUUAUAUUCUAUACGUAUCUUCCCUAGAAGACAAAAAAUGUCUCAAUUUUGUUCCAAAUUGAACUUCAACAAUGCCUCAAGUUUUUUUAGUUAUGUUGCAUUAGUCGCAGUGUUGCAUCCGACGCAACAAGCAACUUGUGGUUUUUCUAUCACGAAUCUAAACUCACUACAGAUGUAAUUCCCCUCUCUAUUUGAUGAGUUUAGGCCACGUGUAUUAUCUCCUUGUGUAUUAUGUGCUCCAGGGGUGUAUUGUUAAUUUCGUAGAAGCGUUGUGAACGUAAAAAUAUGGGCCAUAAGUUCUAUGUUUUCCUUCUCAAAUAGGUUAUUUAGGAAACCUCCAUGGGAGUUAUUUCUUGACCAAGGCCUUUGCCUGCAACAUUUUAUACAUCAUUUUUGCUCAAUUUCUGGCAAGGAUACAAAUUCGAGAGCGUCCAUCCGUCCUUAAGUUCACGACUGUUUGUAAUCAUGUAUAGUUAUUUGAAGAUUUUGGAAGUAAAGGUUAAAGAGAAUAGUAGCGGGGAGAUAUUAAAUUGAUCUGUUCCCUUCUCGUAUUGUAGGUUUAUUAGUCAUUUUCGUUGAUCAAUUACUUAUAAAAAUAAAGGGAAAUCUAAAGUAAAAGCUGUUCAGUUUCUUUAUUUUAUUUGUUUUUAGUAAAUUAGCCAUUUCACUCCUCGUUUACUUGCAUGGAGACACGCAUGUACAGCGUUUGUAGGUAGCUACAGAGUUCAUAUUUUGCGCAGGUUAUGUAACUUAAUAUAAAUUAUGGCUGGGA